CUCCUUGAGGUCCCUGAAGCCGCAGGACGGGAAUUAGAAGCUCUUCAUGGAAAUCUCUGUGCAGCUCUCCCAAUGAGAUGGCAUCAGACAGCGAGGUGAAGAUGCUACUGAAUUUUGUCAACUUGGCCUCCAGCGACAUCAAAGCGGCACUGGACAAAUCCGCCCCUUGCCGCCGCUCAGUGGAUCACAGGAAAUACCUGCAGAAACAGCUCAAGCGUUUCUCUCAGAAAUACUCCCGGAACCCGAGAUGCCACCCCAGCAAGAUGGCAGAGCCCCAUCCCAAAAAGGCAGCGGAGGAGGAGCGGCCCCGCGGCCCGCCUGCGGAAAGUGUGGAUGCGGACCACCAGGGAGGCUGUGGCGAGAAGGCGUCCGGAAAAUCGGAAAUGAGAGAGCAAUCCGCCCAGGCCUGGGCUCUGCGGGACCAAAGUCCUGGGGUUGUACGGCCGGACCACGUUCCCAUGCGCAAAAGACAGCUUCCCGCUUCCUUCUGGGAAGAGCCUCGCCCUACUCAGAGUUUCCCAGCAGGGCCGGAUGGGCUUCUGGCUCCCAGGGAAGGGAAGAAGAGUAAAAAGGACCUUGAAGGUGCAGGGCCAGAGACCGGAUCUGUGGCCAUGGCGUCGAGGGGAGAGAAAGAGUCCCCUAAAAUCCCAGGGGCACCCCUCUCCAGUCGGGCCAAUACCUGGAGUUGCUGUCCAUUUCAGUACCAUGGACAACCCAUCUUCCAAGGUCCAGGAGCCCUGCCUCAGUCCCCUGCCCCUGCCCCGGUCCUGGGACCGUGGAGGAAGAGUUCAACAGCCCCUGGAGACCUCAUGUCCUUCUCCAAGGAGUCAUCCGGUGCCGGCCAGAAAGUUUACAGGCCGGUGGUUUUGAAACCCAUCCCAACCAAGCCCGCAGUUCCACCUCCGAUUUUUAACGUGUUUGGAUAUAUAUAACCUGGACCAGGUGGCUCUGGGAAAAGAACAAUUAUCCCACCAGCUGCAGCGGCCCACAGGACCUGCAAACCCAUCCCAGACACCCCGUGCCCUCCCCGCACUUUCCUUUGGAGGGACGGUUGGUCACGAAAUAGGGGAGUUGUUCUAUAUGGAGAGUUGGGGGGCCGGAGUUGGGGAGGGAGUGUGCUGGCUUUUGUAUCCUUGUUCUUUCUCCUCAAAACACAGUCAUCAACACGUGUGGUCUUGGCGUGGAGGAGGCCCUAGGCCAUUUGUGAUUUAGCACUUGAACCCAUGGGACAUCCUCGCUUUUCAUCCGCCAGCAGACAGAACUUCUCGAACCAGUGGAGUGGCAGACGGCUCCCUCUGAAUCGUUAGCAAAUUCUAGGGCAGUGGUUGUUGAGUUUGGUGGCUUCCUUUGGCUUGAAAGUGGCUCAGGGGGUAAUAUUUAAUUCAGAACGUUUUCCAUUAGCAAACAAAUGUGU